ACGGCGCCGGGGCGGCGGGCGCAGCCAUGUCCUUCUGCUCCUUCCUGAGAGGCGAGGUGUUCAAGGACCACUUCCAGCCGGGCAUCUACAUCUGUGCCAAGUGUGGUCAUGAGCUCUUCUCCAGCCAUGCCAAGUACGAGCACUCUUCGCCAUGGCCGGCCUUCACCGACACCAUCCACCAGGACAGCGUGUCCAAGCGUGAGGAGCGGCCGGGGGCUUUAAAGGUGUCUUGUGGCAGGUGUGGCAAUGGGCUUGGCCACGAAUUCCUCAACGACGGGCCGAAGAGGGGCCAGUCCCGCUUCUGAAUAUUCAGCAGCUCGCUGAAGUUUGUCCCAAAAGGCAAAUCUGACAAGGACCUGACAGAGAAGUAAGCGAGCUGCUCUACUUGGCACACUGCUCUUGGGCUGAUCCUGCUUUCACACCUUGGGGUGCACCGUCUGGUCAAGGGGACACCAGGAGCAAGAGGAACCUCAAAGAAGCUCCUGGUUGCCCCAGGCUGAUUCCCUCUCAGGGCUGCUCCGGGAAAGGGGAAGGGUGCUUCACACGAAUUGGGGUGAUGCAAAGGCUGCAUCUCUUCAUUCUACCCACCCUUUCCCCCUCCCCAACCUACCCCCUCCAGCAGCCUCGCCUCUGCCAGCAGCAGCACAGCCCUUUUGGGUUGACCCGUUAAAGGAGCACGUGUGUCUCUGCUGGGGCGGUUUGGCUGUUGGCUUCAGCUGAGCCAGAACCCUCUCCUGAUCACAGCCAUGAGGGACUGGUUCUGAUGUGGCACCGAUGCAAUCCAGAGUGGCUCCAGGGGCCUUUCCAAGGAGUAAUGCUGGAUUAGCUGAGGUCAGAGUCUGGGUUAAUCUCUGGUGCUAUUCUGGGCUGGGAUCAUGGUAUGAAUUGUACUACAUAAACCCUUCCAGGGUGCUAGGGCAAGGAUGAUUUUAUGAUCCUGCUAGAGAGCAUCCAGGUAUUUUCCCCUCUACCCAUCUUGCACUCAGUAGAGACAGUUCUCCACUUCCCAUGUCCCCUGGGCUUGAUUCUGACUUGGCCUUACAGCAGGUUUAUCACUGUGCUCUACAUUCCAGUGCACUAACGGUUCCUCCUUGCUCUACACUGGUGCAAGGGAGGCCAGAAUUGGGCUCACGGGCUGCACUUUGCACAACUCAGGCAUUAAGAAUCACAUCUGCAUUCCCUCUGCACACAGGAGGGCUGCGACACUGAUUUCUCCUUAAUUCAACAUCUUGAUUCGUGGCCUUCCCUCCUUGUCCCAGAAACCAAAUCCUCCUCUUUGAAAUCAAUGCACAAGGAUUUCUGAAGAUGCUGAGAUGUGGGUCCAUGGUGGGGCUGGUGGGCAGCAUGGAGGUGGUUUGGUGAGGCCACGCCGCCAGUGUCGUUACGGCACGGCUGCGCUUGGGGGCACGUCGGAGGCUUUUCUGUGCAUGGUAUCACCCCAAUCCCACCGGUUUGAGGGCACUGAUAAAAAGUGCAACGUGCCAGCUCAUUAACUGGACCUCACAGCUGGAAUUGUACCUCUUUCAAUACUGAAAAUAAAGCACUGUUUCACUGUGGUGGAGAAAUAA